AUGGAGGUUGCUGCCCCAGGGGCACCAAAUGGUGUCUCCAUGCCAGACACGGCAGCACUGGUAGACUCUGGUGCUGUGGUCCAGUACCUGACAGAUGUGCUACAGGUGACACUGGGUGCUCUAAAGUCCGAGCUGGAAAGCGCUGGGAGCUUGCUCUCCUCGGCUAAGUACAAUGACACAGUACAGAGAUGCACGCGUUUUGCCUCAGAGUCACAGGUUGCAGUCUAUGUGCAGAAGGAUAUCGUGGCCGCAGAAGAGACAAACGGUGAGACCGAAGGCUCUGAGACUUUGAUCCAGUAUGUCUACACCCUGUCUUCCGAGAUUUCCUCUGCCUCCACCACCGUCUCGUCCGUUGCUUUCAUCAAACGCCCUGCCCCUAUCGACCCUGGUCUUCCGAUCGCCGCUCAAAUUCAAGUGAUGAACCUUCCUGGUAUUGCGUCCCUCAGCAAUGCACAAUCGCAACAAGGAACGUCUUUGUCGCCUUUCCAGAUUAUCCAUCUGAUGCUCCACCAUGGUCUCAGUCCCUACUUCGAUGCCAACACUCGCAACCAGGAAACAAUCUCCGGCACAAAGCCGAGGACAGACACGGAGGCCAAAACCGGUAUUCCGGGUACGAAGAAGAAGUUUGCCGAAUUGGAGCUGGCUUUUAUGCACCUUCAACAAAAUGUGGAGAUCCCGGCUUUGAACUUACCGCUCCACGAGGUAGUCCAGGCUGCGCUGAAGGAAGCCGAGACCAAGGGGAUUCGGCCCUCCGUCGAGCUAAUUCCGUCUACGGUGUUGGAUAACAGUGCUUUCACAAAUAGCAUCCAAAAUACCGUGAAUGGAUGGAUCAGGUCGAUUCAGACAAUUACCAAGAUGUCGCGGGACCCGGAGGGUGACUCGGCUUCACCAGAGGUUAACUUUUGGUUGUCUAUGGAGUCAGCGCUAGAGGGAAUAGAGGGUCAACUGCAAAGCGAUGGUGUGAAGUUGACUAUGGACAUCCUCCGCCAUGCCAAGCGAUACCAACCCACCCUCAGUUUCCAGGCCGAUACAGGGCUGAAAGAUGCCACGGAAUUGGUCCAGAAGUAUAACCAACUGAUGCGUGACUUCCCGCUGGAUGAACUGCUGUCGGCAACAUCUCUGCAAAAAGCCCAGGAGUCACUUGGUCUAAUUUUCAAUCACUUGAACAAGAAGCUGAAGAUCUGCCCGUACCCGAUCAAGCGUGCCCUUUCCCUCGUUGAGGCGAUUUCGGGCGACCUGGACAAGAAGAUACACGAGCUCAUCAACGGCCGUGAGAUUUUGCACCUCGAUUAUCGCGAGUUCCGGUCUUUGAUGAAGGUCACCCAAGCAAUCUGGCGUACUUGGGAUGAAAACUUGAAGGAAUUCACCAACGUGGCGCGAGAGUCAACUAGGCGUCGUAAUGAAAAAUUCAUUCCGAUCAAGAUCAAUGCCAGAAUCGAUAACGUUCGCGAACGAUUGAAGUACAUUGACACUUUCCGUGUCAACCAUGAGCAGCUCCAGAAGACCAUUAUUAAUGUUCUCGGGCCCAAGACUUCUUCACCUACUGAGACUGGCGUAGUAGAUGCCGAUGGAGCCGUCAUCGUGGAGGAGAUCGGUGAUGUCGAUGCCGUCGAAGAGGUCACACAUGCCUACAUUGCUCUCCAGAAUAUCGAUGUGUUAGACGUCUCCCCUGAGGGAGCCCGGGCAUGGGAGAAUGCUGAGAUUGGCUACAGCGAGCGCACAUCUCGCGUCGAAAAUUCCAUUAUUGCUCGCCUUCGUGAUCGUCUUGCCACCGCUAAGAAUGCCAAUGAGAUGUUCCGUGUCUUCUCCAAAUUCAAUGCUCUGUUGGUUCGGCCCAAAAUUCGUGGUGCCAUCGGCGAGUAUCAGACACAACUAAUUGACAAUGUCAAGCGUGACAUUUCUUCCCUUCAUGAACGAUUCAAGCAGCAGUAUGGCCACUCCGAGGCCCAUGCCAUGGCACAGUUGCGUGAUCUGCCACCUGUCUCAGGAGCCAUCAUCUGGGCUCGACAAAUCGAGCGCCAGCUGGACGGCUAUAUGCGCAAGGUGGAAAAUGUGCUUGGAGAAGACUGGCACUUACACGCCGAGGGUGAAAAAUUGCAAUCCGAAAGCAACCUCUUCCGCAAGAAGCUGGACACACGUCCUGUGUUCGAGUCAUGGCUCUACGAUGUGCAAAGACGGCAUAUCACAAUUUCCGGCCGACUUUUCAAUAUUGUCCGCAACCGCGCUGCUGGAAAUUCCCUAGAGCUCACAGUCAACUUUGAUGCUCAGAUCAUUGCGCUCUUCAAGGAAGUCCGUAACCUCAUUUGGCUAAACUUCCAAGUUCCUCAUGCCGUGAGCAACAUUUCCAAAGAAGCAAAGCGUGUCUAUCCAUACGCGAUCAGUUUGAUGGAAAGUGUACGAACGCUCCUGCAGACAAACCGUACCAUUGCAUCCAUGUCUGAUGUUGCUAUUUUGCUCAAUGGCUACGUGAAUGAUUCUCAAGCUAUGGUCAGCAAGGGUAUUCCGCUCCGAUGGGAGUCAUUUGUUCAUUCCUAUGAGCUACAUGUCAAGCAAUCAGCUCUGGCUAAUGGGGCCAUUGACCCAUCCAAACCCAGGGGCACGGAAAGCAAGCAUGUUCAGUUCGUGCGCGAGUUCGCUGGCUCAGCAUCUGUUCUUCAGACCAAGACGGCCGUUCUCUCUUCAAUCAAUGAAAGCAUUCAAAAAUCGAUUCAUGAACUGAAGACAUGCGCUUACAAUGCUUCAGCAUUCAAGCAGCGUCUGGACAUUAUCCAAACGGCAGUGGAUAAGUUGAACCUUGAGAAUUAUGUCAAUCUUGGCUACUGGGUUUCGGAGCUCAAUGGUAAAAUUGAAACUAUUCUGCGAGAGCGACUUCUUCGCGCCGUCCGUGAAUGGAUCACUACAUUCCAAGAGUCUCGCAAUGGCAACACCACAUCUCUUCAGACUAAUGGUGAGGCAGAGUCCAUUGCCCACCGCAUCCAAUUCUCUGAAUUAUUCCACGAGAUCUCCAUGAAGAACCAGGUUCUCCAUCUUGAUCCACCUCUGCAGUUCGCCCGUGCCAGCUGGUUCUCGCAUUUUGACUCGUGGCUCGGUGUAAUCUGCAAUCUUGAGAAGAUCAAAGCCACUCGUUACCAAAUUUCAAUCGACGUGCGUAGUGUACGUCAGUCAGAAGCUUGCUUUUCAGAACUCCCGCAACAUUGCACGAGUGAGCUCAACCAGGUAUACGGUGCUGUGGAGUCUCGUCUCAAAGAUGUAUCGGAAUAUGUCGAUAAGUGGUUGCAGUUCCAAUCACUAUGGGAUCUACAGUCCGAGCAGGUGUAUGACAUCCUAGGAGACGAUCUCUCGCAGUGGCUUCAGCUGCUCCAAGAGAUCAGAAAGAGCCGCGCCACCUUCGAUACCUCUGAAGUUAGUCGGUCAUUCGGCAACAUCAGAAUUGACUACGAGCAAGUUCAGACGAAGGUCAACGCCAAAUAUGACCAGUGGCAACACGAAAUCUUGCAGAAGUUUGGUGCUAAGCUCGGCGGUCGCAUGCGCGAGGUUCACUCUGAAAUUGCCGCAGCACGGCGCGACCUGGAAGGACAGACCUUGGAGGCUUCCUCCACAGCCCAUGCUGUCUCUUUCAUCACUAUUGUCCAGCAAUGCAAGCGGAAGACCCGUGUUUGGGAGCCGGAGGUUGAUAUGUUCCGUCAGGGUCAAACCACGCUCUCUCGCCAGCGAUACCAAUUCCCGAAUGACUGGCUUCAUGUAGAGAACGUUGAUGGUGAAUGGGCUGCUCUCAACGAACUACUUACUCGGAAGAGCAAGAUUGUUCAUGACCAGACUGAGGGUCUUCGUGCAAAAAUUACCGCCGAAGACCGCGUCAUCAGCGAUAAGAUUGCUGAAGUUAUUUCUCAAUGGAACGAUGAGAAGCCUGUCUCGGGUACAAUCCCCCCUGAAGAGGCAUCCCGCACUCUGAGCUCUUUCCAGUCGCGUCUUGAGUCCCUCCAGUCCGAAUUUGAGAUGGUCUCUAAAGCGAAGGAAGCCCUCGAUCUUCCUGUGAGCACUGAGUCCUCGCUGCCUGCAAUUCUUGAGGAGGUCCAGGACUUCAUGUCCGUGUGGGCAGCCUUGUCUACAAUUUGGAAGAGUUUGAAUGAUCUCCGCGACGGACUGUGGACCAGCGUUCAGCCCCGAAAGCUCCGCCAAGCCCUCGAUGGCUUGAUCAAGAUGACCAAGGAGAUGCCCAGCCGAAUGAGGCAGUACGCUGCGUUUGAACACAUUCAAACCGUUCUCCGACAGUUCCUCAAAGUCAACUCGCUGCUUUCGGACAUGAAGUCCGAGGCAGUCAAGGAAAGACAUUGGCAGAAGAUCUACAAGUCAUUGAAGCCCGGCAAGCGAUUCUCCCUUGUAUCUCUGACCCUUGGCGAUGUUUGGGAUCUGCAGCUUGCGACAAGCGAGACAAUUAUUCGCAAUGUGAUCGCACAGGCUCAAGGUGAGAUGGCCCUAGAGGAGUUCUUGAAGUCCGUUCGCGAAACCUGGCAAAACUACUCCUUGGAUCUCGUCAACUACCAGAACAAGUGUCGCCUUAUUCGUGGCUUUGAUGAUCUAUUUGCCAAGUGCAGUGAGAACUUGAACUCUCUGCAAGCCAUGAGACAUUCACCAUAUUACAAGGAAUUUGAGGAAGAAGCCACCUCUUGGGAAGACAAACUCAACCGCGUCCAUGUUCUCUUCGAUGUCUGGAUUGAUGUCCAGAGACAGUGGGUGUACCUGGAAGGUGUCUUCACCGGAAAUGCGGAUAUCAAGCAUCUUCUGCCCCUUGAAUCCAGCCGUUUCCAAAACAUCAACUCCGAGUUCUUCGCCGUGAUGAAGAAAGUCUACAAGUCACCAUUCAUUUUGGACGUUCUUGCCAUUAAUGGUGUCCAGAAAUCAUUGGAAAGAUUGGCUGAAUUGCUGAACAAGAUCCAGAAGGCUCUUGGUGAAUACCUGGAACGUGAGCGUGUGUCUUUCCCUCGCUUCUACUUUGUUGGUGACGAGGACUUGUUGGAGAUCAUCGGUAACGCCAACGACACCUUCCGCGUUGCCAAGCACUUCAAGAAGAUGUUCGCUGGUUUGUCUGGUAUUCUAAUGGAUGACGACAACAACAUUGUCGGUAUCACCUCCAAAGAAGGCGAAGAAGUUCGCUUGAAGCGGGAGGUCAACCUUGUCAAGACACCCCGAAUCAAUGACUGGCUCACUGCGCUGGAAACUAACAUGAAGCUGACGUUGGCUGAGCUUCUUGGCGAAGCCAUUGAGCAAUUCGAUACUCUCUACAAUGCUCCCGAGGUGGACCGAACAGCUUUCAAUGACUUCCUCGCCAAUUAUCCGGCCCAGAUUGUUGUUCUUGCCAGCCAGGUCGUGUGGACGAAUGCUGUGCAGAAGUCUUUGGAUGAUGGGGGUGCCAGUCUCCCUGCCCUGUACGAAUCCCAAGUUAGAAUCCUAGAGUUACUAGCUGCUACUGUGCUUGGUGAGCUAGAUGCAAUCACUCGCAAGAAGUGCGAGCACAUGAUCACUGAAUUCGUUCAUCAACGUGACACUAUUUUCAAGCUCACCCAGUCCAACGCAACUACACCUACACACCACCUGUGGUUACUUCAGAUGCGAUUUGUGUACCAGCCAGAAGGCGACUUCUUGCAACGGUUGUAUGUUCAUAUGGCAAAUGCCAAACUCAGCUAUGGUUUCGAGUACUUGGGUGUCCCUGAACGCCUCGUCCGAACUCCUCUUACAGAUCGUUGUUUCCUCACCCUCACUCAGGCCCUUUGCCAGAGACUGGGUGGUUCUCCCUAUGGUCCAGCUGGUACUGGAAAGACAGAAUCCGUCAAGGCAUUGGGUCUACAGCUUGGUCGAUUCACUCUGGUCUUCUGUUGUGACGACACCUUUGAUUUCCAGGCUAUGGGCCGUAUCUUCCUUGGUAUCUGUCAGGUGGGUGCCUGGGGCUGUUUUGAUGAGUUCAAUCGUUUGGAAGAAAGGAUUUUGUCUGCUGUUUCUCAGCAGAUUCAGAACAUCCAGAUCGGCUUGCGAAAAGGAGAAGAAGAUGCCAAAUCUCAGAUCGAAUUGGUUGGAAGACGGUUAGCUGUGAAUUCCAACACGGGUAUCUUCAUCACCAUGAACCCUGGUUAUGCGGGCCGCUCAAACCUGCCAGACAACUUGAAGAAGCUGUUCCGUAGUGUUGCUAUGUCCAAGCCAGACAAGGAACUUAUUACCGAGGUGAUGCUGUUCUCUCAAGGUUUCAAGCAAGCCAAGCCAUUGUCAAAGCAAACUGUGCCGUUCUUCGAUCAUUGUGCUUCUCAGUUGACCAAGCAAGCCCAUUAUGACUUCGGUCUCCGUGCUCUGAAGAGCGUUCUUGUCAGCUCUGGCGGGCUCAAACGGGCUCGUCUUGCUAAUACCGAUGGCGAUCUUGGUCCGGAUGAACUCAUUGAACCCCAGAUCAUUGUUCAGAGCUUGCGUGAGACUAUUGCUCCCAAGCUUGUGCAAGAAGAUGUCGACCGAAUGUUGGAAAUCCAAGUGCAAGACUUCCCUGGUGUGGAUUACGUGCCCGCAAACUUUGAGAAGCUUACGCAGGCAAUCCGAGACAUUGCUAGUGAACAGCACUUCGUCGACAGUGAUAUGUGGAUUGCCAAGGCUCUCCAACUGUAUCAAAUUCAAUGUAUUCACCAUGGUGUUAUGAUGGUCGGAAAAUCAGGAUCCGGAAAGUCGGCCGCCUGGAAGAUUCUCCUGCAAGCUAUGCAACGUAUCGAGGGUGUCGAAGGUGUCUCCCACAUCAUUGACUCCAAGGUCAUGUCAAAGGAGGCCCUCUAUGGUAACCUUGACAGCACCACCCGCGAGUGGACCGAUGGUCUGUUCACUGGAAUACUGAGAAAGAUUGUUGAUAAUCUUCGAGGAGAAGACAGCAAGCGUCACUGGAUUGUCUUUGAUGGUGACGUUGAUCCUGAAUGGGUUGAGAAUUUGAACAGUGUUCUGGAUGACAACAAGCUUCUCACUCUGCCUAACGGUGAACGUCUCAAUCUGCCUCCGAAUGUUCGCAUCAUGUUCGAAGUUGAGAGCCUCAAAUACGCCACCCUAGCAACUGUUAGUCGUUGUGGUAUGGUGUGGUUCAACGCUGAUACUGUCACUCCUUCCAUGAUGAUCUCCAACUACGUUGAGAGCCUUAAGACCAAGACUUUCGAAGACCUGGAUGAUGACAGUGCUCCAGCUGGAACUGCUGCUGCUAGAACACAAGACACGCAAGAAACCCUUUCUACCAUUCUAAAGCAGCAUCUGGAGAUGGAUGACCUCGUCCACAAGUCUCUUGAAGAAGCGAAGAAAUACAAUCAUAUCAUGGACUUCACUGAUAUCCGGGCAUUGAACACCCUCUUCAGCUUGUUGAACAAGGCCUGUCGCAACAUUUUGGAGUAUAAUGUCCAACAUGUUGACUUUCCCCUGGAUCCCGAGCAGAUUGAGUCGUACAUUUCCAAGAAGCUUCUGCUCACUCUUGUUUGGUCUUUCCUUGGUGACUGCCCUCUUGCCGACCGCAAAGCCUUUGGGCAGUUUGUUACCGGAAUGUCGACAAUCGAUUUGCCACCUGACGGCGACUCCUCUCUUAUCGACUUCGAUGUCACUCUGCCCAGGGCGGAGUGGACCAGCUGGCAAUCCCAAGUGCCGUCGAUUGAUAUCAACACUCAUUCAGUAACCCAAACCGACGUGAUCAUCCCAACUGUGGAUACUAUCCGACACGAGGAUGUUCUUUACUCGUGGCUCGCCGAACACAAGCCCUUGUUGCUUUGUGGUCCUCCUGGAUCCGGUAAAACGAUGACUCUGUUUGCUGCUUUGAGAAAAUUGCCCAACAUGGAGGUUGUUGGUCUCAACUUCUCCAGUGCAACCACACCGGAUCUGUUGAUCAAGACUUUUGAGCAGUACUGCGAGUACAAAAAGACCCUCAAUGGCGUUGUGAUGUCGCCUAACCAAAUUGGUCGUUGGCUCGUCAUCUUCUGCGACGAGAUCAAUUUGCCUGCACCGGAUCGUUAUGGCACACAGCGCGCCAUCUCAUUCCUGCGCCAGCUUGUCGAGCAGAAUGGAUUCUGGCGGACUUCCGACAAGACUUGGGUCACCCUUGAUCGCAUUCAAUUCGUGGGUGCCUGUAACCCCCCGACAGAUGCCGGCCGUACUCCCAUGGGUGAUCGUUUCCUUCGCCAUGCUCCUCUUAUUAUGGUUGAUUACCCCGGAGAGAUUUCUCUCAAUCAGAUCUACGGUACCUUCAACUCGGCGGUACUUAAGAUCCUUCCAUUGCUUCGUGGAUACUCCGAGGCUCUCACCAAGGCAAUGGUCCAGUUCUAUCUUGAAUCACAGACAAGAUUUACUGCAAAGAUUCAACCUCAUUACGUUUACUCUCCUCGUGAGCUGACUCGGUGGGUUCGUGGUGUCUAUGAGGCUAUCAAACCGCUCGAAACCUUGUCGGUUGAAGGUCUUGUCCGGAUCUGGGCCCACGAGGCUCUGCGCCUCUUCCAGGAUCGUCUUGUUUCUGAAGAUGAGAGAGCUUGGACAGCGGAUGCUGUCCGUCGCAUUGCCUUGGAACACUUCCCUACAAUCGAUGACCAAGAAGCUCUCAAGGGACCCAUUCUGUUCUCGAACUGGCUCUCCAAGAACUAUGUUCCCGUCGAACAGGAACGCCUUCGUGAUUUCGUGAAAGCCCGCCUCAAGACCUUCUGUGAAGAAGAGGUUGACGUUCCUUUGGUCCUGUUCAAUGACGUUCUUGAACAUGCCUUGCGCAUCGAUCGAGUCUUCCGUCAGCCUCAAGGUCAUCUCAUCUUGAUCGGUGUUAGCGGAAGUGGAAAGACAACUUUGUCUCGGUUCGUUGCUUGGAUGAAUGGUCUGAAGGUGUUCCAAAUCAAGGUCCAUGGUAAAUACUCGUCAGAGGACUUUGAUGAUGAUCUGCGAAUUGUUCUCCGCCGUGCUGGUUGCAAGGGAGAGAAGAUUUGCUUCAUCAUGGACGAAGCUAACGUUCUGGACUCCGGCUUCCUGGAGCGUAUGAACACCCUGCUUGCCAAUGCCGAGGUCCCGGGUCUUUUCGAGGGCGAUGAGUUCUCUUCUUUGAUGACGGCUUGUAAAGAAGGUGCUCAGCGCCAAGGUCUACUCCUUGAUUCGCAGGAAGAACUCUACAAGUGGUUCACUCAGCAAAUUGUCAAGAAUCUGCACGUCGUGUUCACCAUGAACCCGCCCGAGGACGGGCUUUCUUCCAAGGCUGCCACCAGUCCUGCCCUGUUCAACCGUUGUGUAUUAAACUGGAUGGGUGACUGGUCCGACCAAGCUCUCUUCCAAGUCGGUUCCGAAUUGACUCAAUCCGUUGACCUGGAUAAACCCAGCUUUGUCGCGCCUGACAGUAUUCCUGUCGCUUACCGCGAUUUGGCACUCCCCGCAUCGCACAGGGACACCGUUGUGAACGCCAUGGUCUACAUUCAUCACUCGCUUCUCCGGUUUAACCAGCGCCUGCAGAAACAGCAAGGCCGAUCGACUUUCCUCACUCCACGCCAUUAUCUUGACUUUGUCGCACAAUAUGUCAACUUGUUCAAUGAAAAGCGUGAAGACCUUGAGGAGCAACAACGUCACUUGAAUGUUGGUCUCGAGAAACUUCGCGACACCGUAGACAAAGUGAGCGAUUUGCGCGCUAGUCUUGCACAAAAGAAGACCCAGCUCGAGAAGAAAGACACCGAAGCGAACGAGAAGCUGCAGCGUAUGGUCGCUGAUCAACAGGAAGCAGAACAGAGGAAGACAGUGUCACUGGAGGUACAAGCGGCGCUAGAGAAGCAAGAAAAGGUGGUCGCGGAACGGAGGGAGGUCGUGCUGCACGACCUGGCACAAGCAGAGCCUGCCGUUGCGGAGGCUCAACGGAGUGUCAGCAACAUUAAGCGUCAGCACCUAACUGAGGUUCGAUCCAUGGGUAACCCCCCUGCAAGUGUUAGACUUGCACUAGAGGCUGUUUGCACACUCCUUGGGCACAAGGUUGACAGCUGGAAGACCAUACAAGGUCUUGUGCGACGUGACGAUUUCAUUGCCAGCAUUGUUAACUAUGAUAACGAGCGCCAGAUGACGCGCAAGCACCGCACCAAUAUGCAGAACGAGUUCCUUUCUAAGGAAGACUUCACGUACGAGCGUGUGAACCGUGCCAGUAAGGCCUGUGGCCCCUUGGUCCAAUGGGUUGAGGCUCAGGUCAAUUAUUCGGCGAUCUUGGAUCGUGUUGGUCCUUUGCGUGAGGAGGUCGAUCAGCUUGAAGAGCAAGCCUUGCAAACCAAGGCAGAGGCCCAGACUAUCGAAAACACGAUCCAAAGUUUGGAAAGCAGCAUUGCCACCUACAAGGCUGAGUAUGCUGCCCUUAUCAGUGAAACUCAGGCCAUUAAGACAGAAAUGGCCCGAGUCCAGUUCAAGGUCGACCGAAGUGUUCGCUUGCUCGACAGCUUGGCCUCCGAGCGCGAGCGUUGGGAGGAUGGCAGCAAAUCUUUCGAGACUCAGAUCAGCACUCUUGUUGGUGAUGUCCUCAUUGCAGCCGCGUUCCUUGCCUAUGCUGGUCUCUAUGAUCAACAGUUCCGUAAGGCGAUGAUUGAUGAUUGGGUUAACCAGCUGGCUCAGUCCGGCAUUCACUUCAAGCCCCACAACCCUAUUACGGAGUACCUGUCCAAUGCCGAUGAACGUCUGGCUUGGCAAGAGCACUCUCUACCGGUGGACGACCUUUGCACAGAAAACGCCAUCAUCUUGAAGCGUUUCAACAGAUAUCCUCUAAUCGUUGAUCCCUCUGGCCGAACCACGGAAUUCCUGCAGAAAGAAAGCAAGGAUCGCAAGCUUACCGUUACAAGCUUCUUGGACGACUCAUUUGUCAAGCAGUUAGAGAGUGCCCUGCGUUUCGGAAACCCAAUUCUCAUCCAGGACGCAGAGCAUCUGGAUCCGAUUCUCAACCACGUCCUCAACAAGGAGUACCAGAAGACCGGUGGCCGUGUGCUUAUUCAACUCGGCAAGCAAGAAAUCGACUUUUCCCCAUCAUUCAAGCUGUUCCUGUCGACUAGAGAUCCAUCCGCCUCGUUCCCGCCGGAUGUAUGCAGUCGCACCACCUUUGUCAACUUUACGGUUACCCAGAGCAGCUUACAGACCCAAUCACUCAAUGACGUUCUGAAGUUUGAGCGACCUGAUGUGGAUGAACGCCGCAACAACUUGGUCAAGAUGCAAGGAGAAUUCAAGGUCCACCUUCGACAGCUAGAGAAGCGCCUCUUGCAGGCUCUGAACGAGUCACGCGGCAACAUCCUUGAUGACGACAACGUUAUUGAAACUCUCGAAACUCUCAAGAAGGAGGCCGCUGAAAUUUCGAAGAAAAUGUCUGAGACCGAGGGUGUCAUGUCCGAAGUCGAGACUAUCACUCAACAGUACAGCAUCAUUGCCCGGGCAUGCAGUGCCGUCUUUGCAGUUUUGGAGCAGCUUCAUCACAUCAAUCAUUUCUACCAAUUCUCUCUCCAGUAUUUCGUGGACAUCUUCAAUUCUGUUCUUUACCAGAACAAGCGACUUGCGCAGGAGAAAGACCACUCCUCCCGCGUUCAAAUGAUCAUCCGAGACCUGUUCAUCACCACUUACCAACGAACGUCACUGGGUCUUGUUCAGAAGGACCGCAUUACGCUGGCAAUUCUCCUUGCCCAGGCUACUCCUUUCCCUAUGGACAGAGCCAUUCUUGAUCGCAUUCUGGAUGAAUCCGUUGAAGACGCUGAUCUUUCGACCACCGAAGAUAUUCGCGAACAAGUUAUGAGCAAGCUUCUGAACAUGUCACUGUUCAAGGAAUACAUUCCCAAUAUUCCUCAAGAUCAGUGGGAACGAUUCUUGGGUGAGGAACUUGCCGAAAAUGUUGUCCCGAUCGUUUGGGAAGAAAGUACCCCCAAGCUCGAUCAGCUGCUUCGAUCCUUGCUCCUUGUCAAACUUUGCCGUAUGGAUCGAUUCGUUCCAAUGGCGGAACGUUUCAUCGAGGCUGUGUUUGGCCGCGAGUUGUUCGAGGGAAGCAGUGAUCUUAAGGAUGUAGUUGAGCAAGUUACCGCCACUACGCCCAUUGCUCUCAGUUCCAGCCCUGGCUUCGAUGCCAGCUACAAGGUCGAUGCCCUGGUCGAACGAACUCACGCCACCUGCGCCAACAUUGCCAUGGGUUCCAAUGAGGGUCUCGAAAGUGCCGAUAAGGCCAUCAGCAACGCGGCUGCCACCGGUAAUUGGGUCCUUGUCAAGAACGUCCAUUUGGCGCCUGCCUGGCUGCAGAGCCUGGAGAAGAGGCUGGAUUCGCUCAAGCCUCACAAGGAUUUCCGAAUCUUCCUUUCCAUGGAAUCCAGUCCCAAGAUCCCAGUCAAUCUCAUUCGGGCUUCUCGCGUGCUCAUGUUCGAGCAGCCUGCCGGUGUCCGUGCCAAUAUGAAGGACUCUCUGUCUUCAUUGACUACUCGUGCCAGCAAGGCGCCUGUUGAAAAGGCUCGUGUCUACCUAUUGCUUUGCUUCUUCCACGCCGUCGUUCAAGAAAGACUUCGCUACGCCCCAAGUCUUGGAUGGAAGGGCUUCUGGGAAUUUAAUGACAGUGACUACGAGUGCUCUGCCUUGAUCAUCGAUCACUGGGUCGACACUGUCGCCCAAGGCCGUUCCAAUGUUGCUCCUCAGAAGCUUCCCUGGGAAAUGAUUCGUACCCUCAUUGCCGAGAUGUACGGUGGUAAAAUCGACGACGCUGGCGACUACCAGCAACUGGUGAGCCUGGUAGACAAUUUCCUCACCCCAGCCGCCUUCGAGGAUGACUACAAACUUGUCUCGGGAGUCGAGAAUGACGAACUUCUGACCCUCCCCACUGGCACCAGCAUCCGCGAUUUCAUUGCUUGGGUGAACAAACUCCCUGAACGCGAGCCACCUACCUACUUGGGUCUUCCAGCGAACGCCGAGAAAUUGCUGCUGGUUGGUCAUGGUCGCAAGAUGAUCUCCGAUCUAUCGCGGGUUACCGAUCUCUUGGACGAAGGCGAGCAGUUGAUGGUUGAUAACUAG